AUGGGUACAGGUGGUGGGACGCGAAUACCGCUAUGGAUAUCAAUAAUAGCACUUGCCUUCAUACAGAUCAAAGUUCAAGCCCAGGAUGAUGAGCAACAAACAAAAUCAAACUAUGCUUCUCCAUUGAUCCUGCAGCGACAAAAAAAUUUUCCACCAGCUUCAAAAUCCCAAGAAGUGACAAUCAUUCCACCAUUUCAAAGCACACUGAGACUAAAGGCUGGCAACCCCUCUCACAAUGGCCGUGUAUGCAGCACGUGGGGUAACUUCCACUUCAAGACCUUUGAUGGGGACAUCUUUUACUUCCCUGGGGUCUGCAAUUACAUCUUUGCAUCCAACUGCAAAUCUCCCUAUGAGGACUUCAACAUCCAGAUUAGACGUACAACAGUGGAAAAUGCUACCAUGAUCACUCAUGUCCUCAUGAAGCUGGAAGGAACUGUGAUUGAACUGACCCGUGGCUCUGUCCUUGUUGAUGGCAAACCGGUUCAGAUGCCCUACAGCCGUAUGGGAGUCUUGAUAGAGAGAAGUAACAACUAUUUGAAAGUUUCUGCCAAGAUAGGACUGACCUUCCUUUGGAAUGAAGAGGAUGCGCUUCUGGUGGAACUAGAUAAGAAAUAUGCCAAUCAAACUUGUGGACUUUGUGGGGACUUCAAUGGGAUUCCAGUCAAUGAAUUUAUUUCAGAGAAGACAAAGCUGACUCCCAUACAGUUUGGGAAUAGACAGAAGAUUGAUGGACCCAUGGAGCAGUGUGCUGAUCCUGUUCCUUCUGCUGUUCUAAUGAACUGCUCAGCUGAAUUUGCUUCUAUCUGUGAGACAGUAUUAACCAGUACAGCAUUUACAAGCUGUAAUGCACUUGUGAACGUUCGGGACUAUAUUGAAACUUGCAUACAAGACUUAUGCCACUGUGAUAGCUCUAUGGCUGACUUCUGCAUGUGCAACACCUUUGCUGAAUACUCCCGGCAGUGUGCUCAUGCAGGUGGACAGCCUCUGAACUGGAGAACCUCGGAACUAUGUCCCAAAUCAUGUCCUUUCAACAUGCAAUAUCAGGAGUGUGGGUCCCCCUGCUCUGACACAUGUAGCAACCCGGAACGAUCUGCACUUUGUGAAGAUCACUGUACAGAUGGCUGCGUCUGUCCUCCAGGAAUGGUAUUUGAUGAUAUUAAUGGUGCUGGCUGCAUUCCCCGUAAAGAAUGUCAUUGUACCUAUGAAGGUGAAUCUUAUGCUCCUGGUGCCUCCUUCUCAUCUAAAUGCAGAUCAUGUACCUGUGCUGGAGGUGAAUGGUCUUGUGUCACCCAGCCAUGCCAUGGCACUUGCAGUAUUGAAGGAGGCUCCCACAUCUCAACAUUUGAUGAAAAAUAUUAUUCCUUCUUCGGAGACUGUAGUUAUGUCCUAACCAAGCUCUGUAAUGGCAAUGAAUUCACUGUUCUGGGAGAUAUCUACAAGUGUGGUCUGAGUGACACUGAGACAUGCCUAAAGGGUGUAACUGUCAGCCUAAGUGGAGGGCAAACUAACAUUGUGAUCCAGCCUUCUGGCAGUGUAUUUGUAAACAUGAUCUACACACAGCUGCCAUUCUCUGCAGCAAAUGUCACCAUCUUUAGACCAUCAUCUUUCUUCAUCAUUCUGCAAACCACCUUCGGUCUUCAACUACAGGUUCAGCUCGUGCCUCUCAUGCAACUUUUUAUAGACUUAGACCCAUCACAUAAAGGACAGACCUGUGGUCUCUGUGGUAACUUCAAUGACAUGCAGACAGAUGAUUUCAAAAUCACCAGUGGUGUAAUAGAGGGUACUUCUGCUGUCUUUGGCAAUACCUGGAAAACACGGGCCAGUUGUCCUGAUGUUGAAAAUACCUUUGAGGACCCAUGUACUGUCAGCAUACAAAAUGAUCAGUAUGCUCAGCACUGGUGUGGACUGCUCUCUGAUACCAUGGGGCCUUUUGCUGAAUGUCACUCAACAGUGAAUCCAGAAGUUUACCAGAAGAACUGCAUGUUUGACACAUGUAACUGUGAAAAGAGUGAGGACUGCAUGUGUGCUGCCCUUUCCAGCUAUGUGAGAGCCUGUGCUGCUAAAGGAGUUUUCCUCACUGGAUGGAGGAGCAAAGCCUGCACAAAAUACACCACCUUGUGUCCAAAAACCUUGGAGUACACGUACAAUGUCAACUCCUGUCAACCCACCUGCCGGUCUCUGAGUGAGCCUGAUGUCACAUGCAACAUCAAGUUUAUCCCAGUGGAUGGCUGCACCUGCAUAAAUGGAACCUACAUGGAUGAAAGUGGCAAAUGUGUGCCUACUUCUAGCUGUCCUUGUUACUACAAAGGAAUGCCUCUGUCUGCUGGAGAAGUUAUUAACGACAAUGGUGUUGUCUGCACUUGCACCUAUGGAAAGCUGAGCUGUAUUGGUGAGAAAUCUGAACCAGUCUGCAUACCUCCCAUGGUCUAUGUUGACUGUGGCAAUGUCACUGCAGAUUUGGUAGGAGCAGGAUGCCAGAAGAGCUGUCAGACUCUAGAUAUGGAAUGUUACAAAACACACUGUGUCUCUGGCUGUGUAUGUCCUCAUAAUCAAGUAUUAGACGGCAAAGGUGGCUGUAUAGCUCCAGAGGACUGUCCAUGUGUUCACAAUGGGAAUUCCUACACUCCAGGCGAAUCAAUCAGAGUUGGCUGUAACAACUGCACAUGUAGAAACAGAAAAUGGCACUGCUCUGAGGAACCUUGCCUGGAAACCUGCUCUGUUUAUGGAGAUGGGCAUUAUACCACCUUUGAUGGCAAACGCUUUGAUUUUGAAGGAGACUGUGAAUAUGUUCUGGUCCAGAACUAUUGUGGUCAACAAGGUAUGAAUCAGGGAACCUUCAGAGUCAUCACUGAGAAUAUUCCAUGUGGUACUACAGGAACCACCUGCUCCAAGUCUAUUAAAGUUUUCCUGGGGAACUAUGAGCUGAUACUCAGUGAUGGACGCUCUGAUGUUAUCCAGAGGACACCUGGAGGAAAAAUGCCAUUCCAAAUCCGUUCCAUGGGCAUCUACCUGGUGGUUGACACUACUGUUGGUCUGAUACUCAUGUGGGACAGAAAAACCAGUAUAUUCAUCAAACUUAGUCCCAGAUUUGAGGGACAUGUCUGUGGACUUUGUGGAAACUAUGAUGGCAAUGGAAAUAAUGACUUCACUACUCGCAGUCAGUCUGUGGUAGGAAAUGUGCUGGAGUUUGCCAACAGCUGGAAAGUGUCUUCCAGUUGCCCAAAUGCCAAUCACACCAAGAACCCAUGCACUGCAAACCCAUACAGGAAAGCCUGGGCGCAGAAGCAAUGCAGUAUCAUUACCAGUGAAGUGUUUGCAAAGUGUCACUCACAGGUUGAACCAAAUGAAUAUUAUGAAGCAUGUGUAGAUGAUGCUUGUGCCUGUGAUACUGGAGGAGACUGUGAAUGUUUCUGUACAGCAGUAGCUGCCUAUGCUCAAGCAUGCAAUGAGCUGGAUAUCUGCAUUUCAUGGAGAACCCCGUCCAUUUGUCCUCUGUUCUGCGAUUACUACAAUCCACAAGGGGAAUGUGAGUGGCACUACAAGCCAUGUGGAGCCCCUUGUAUGAAAACCUGCAAUAACCCAAGUGGGAAUUGCCUUCAUGAGUUGAGAGGCCUGGAAGGCUGCUAUCCACACUGUCCAAAGAAUAAGCCAUAUUUUGAUGAAGAAACCAUGACCUGUGUUUCUAAUUGUGGUUGUUAUGAAAAUGGAAAAAAUUACAAACCAGGAAUGCAGAUGCCUUCAAAGCAGAAUUGUCAUUUAUGUGAAUGCACAAAUCAUGGCAAAAAAUGCAAGUAUGAUGAAGAUGAAUGUGUCUGUGUUUAUGAGGGACAGAAGUACAGCUAUAAAGAUGUGAUCUACAAUACUACAGAUGGCACAGGAGGGUGUAUUGUUGCAACCUGUGGUCCCAAUGGAACACUUCAUAGGGCUGUCUAUGAAUGUUCAACCUCAACAUCACCCACAACAGCAACAACAUUUCACUUCAGCACUACGCCACCUGCCACUACUUCCACAGGUACAGAGUCUCCAACUACAUCAGUAUGUGUUCAUGAAGUCUGUGAUUGGUCAGAAUGGUAUGAUGGGAGUCUGCAAACCCCUGGCUAUGAUGGUGGAGAUUUUGAAACAUUUGAUGAUUUGAGAGCUAAAGGUUAUGAAGUCUGUAAGACUCCACGGGCUGUUCAAUGCAGAGCAGAGAAAUUCCCCAAUAUACCACUGAAAGACCUUGGCCAAAAAGUAGAAUGCAGUACAACAGCUGGGCUUAUAUGUUACAACAAAGAUCAAAUUUCAACAAUGUGUGACAAUUAUGAAAUCAGAAUCUUAUGCUGUCAAUAUGUACCAUGCUCUUCCACAACACAUUUCAGCAUGUCAACACCAAUCACACCACCAGCUACGAGCACAGAAACAUCAAGUCCACCUGAAGAAACUACAUUAUUUUCAACCAAAACUACAUCAUUUUCAACCACUCUAUCACCAGUUACUCUAAGUUUUGAAAGCACGACCUUUUCACCUUCAGCUACUAGAGAAACAACCACACUCACAAGUGAAAUGACAACACCUGUCACCACUUCUCCUUCAGAAACUAUUUGUACUAAAGAAGAAUGCUACUGGUCAAGGUGGUAUGAUGUCAGUUAUCCAGGGUCUGGAUAUGAAGAUGGAGAUUUUGACACAAUUCAGAACAUUGAAAAGAAGGGUUACAAAGUCUGUGCUGACAGAAAAGAUGUUGAAUGCAGAGCAGUAAGGUUCCCAAAUACACCAUAUCCCCUCCUGGAGCAACACAUAACAUGUAACACAGAAGAAGGCUUGAAAUGCUACAACAAAGACCAACUACCACCCAUCUGCUAUAAUUAUAAACUAAGAUUUAAAUGCUGCGAAAAUGUGACAGUACCGUGCCAGACAACUACGGCACCACACAGAACUAGACACACAACACAAACUACACCAAUUAUUUCAACAACCCUACUUAUAACAUCCACAGAACUAUCAACACCAUAUUUACAAACCAAACAUAGGGUAACAACAACAUCAACAGCUCCACCAGAAACAGGAUAUAUUCAUACAAGAAUUACAUCAGAACCGACAACACAAUACCAAAGAGAACCACAGUCAACAGAAGCAUCAAUCCCCACAUACCCCUCCUCUAGCACGCAGCCCACCUCUUCAGAAAUCGUAUCGCAGACCUACACCAGCACCACCAGCCCCACACCGACACCUACCAUUUACCACCCCAGCGUGACCUCCUUCACCACCCCGUCCACGACCGCCUGUGAGCCCGAGGUGUGCUCCUGGAGCGAAUGGUUCGACGUCGACUUCCCCUCCUCGGGGCCCAAACAGGGAGACUUUGAAACCUACCAGCGCAUCCGCGCCGCCGGGAAGCAAGUCUGUCAGCAUCCAAAGGACAUCGAGUGCCGCGCGGAGGACUACCCCGAGGUCUCCAUCCAGCAGGUCGGACAGGUCGUGCAGUGCGACGUCCACUUUGGACUGGUGUGCAAGAACGAAGACCAGACUGGCAAGUCUAAGAUGUGCCUCAACUACAGGAUCCGCGUCCUCUGCUGCACCCCGAACUACAACUGCCCAAGCAGCACCUCCUUCCCAACCACCAGCCCCACCAGCACCAUCAUCCGCACGGCCCCAGCAUCCUCCAGUGUCACGACCUCCACCUCCACAUACCCCUCCUCUAGCACGCAGCCCACCUCUUCAGAAAUCGUAUCGCAGACCUACACCAGCACCACCAGCCCCACACCGACACCUACCAUUUACCACCCCAGCGUGACCUCCUUCACCACCCCGUCCACGACCGCCUGUGAGCCCGAGGUGUGCUCCUGGAGCGAAUGGUUCGACGUCGACUUCCCCUCCUCGGGGCCCAAACAGGGAGACUUUGAAACCUACCAGCGCAUCCGCGCCGCCGGGAAGCAAGUCUGUCAGCAUCCAAAGGACAUCGAGUGCCGCGCGGAGGACUACCCCGAGGUCUCCAUCCAGCAGGUCGGACAGGUCGUGCAGUGCGACGUCCACUUUGGACUGGUGUGCAAGAACGAAGACCAGACUGGCAAGUCUAAGAUGUGCCUCAACUACAGGAUCCGCGUCCUCUGCUGCACCCCGAACUACAACUGCCCAAGCAGCACCUCCUUCCCAACCACCAGCACCAUCAUCCGCACGGCCCCAGCAUCCUCCAGUGUCACGACCUCCACCUCCACAUACCCCUCCUCUAGCACGCAGCCCACCUCUUCAGAAAUCGUAUCGCAGACCUACACCAGCACCACCAGCCCCACACCGACACCUACCAUUUACCACCCCAGCGUGACCUCCUUCACCACCCCGUCCACAACCGCCUGUGAGCCCGAGGUGUGCUCCUGGAGCGAAUGGUUCGACGUCGACUUCCCCUCCUCGGGGCCCAAACAGGGAGACUUUGAAACCUACCAGCGCAUCCGCGCCGCCGGGAAGCAGGUCUGUCAGUAUCCAAAGGACAUCGAGUGCCGCGCGGAGGACUACCCCGAGGUCUCCAUCCAGCAGGUUGGACAGGUCGUGCAGUGCGACGUCCACUUUGGACUGGUGUGCAAGAACGAAGACCAGACUGGCAAGUCUAAGAUGUGCCUCAACUACAGGAUCCGCGUCCUCUGCUGCACCCCGAACUACAACUGCCCAAGCAGCACCUCCUUCCCAACCACCAGCCCCACCAGCACCAUCAUCCGCACGGCCCCAGCAUCCUCCAGUGUCACGACCUCCACCUCCACAUACCCCUCCUCUAGCACGCAGCCCACCUCUUCAGAAAUCGUAUCGCAGACCUACACCAGCACCACCAGCCCCACACCGACACCUACCAUUUACCACCCCAGCGUGACCUCCUUCACCACCCCGUCCACGACCGCCUGUGAGCCCGAGGUGUGCUCCUGGAGCGAAUGGUUCGACGUCGACUUCCCCUCCUCGGGGCCCAAACAGGGAGACUUUGAAACCUACCAGCGCAUCCGCGCCGCCGGGAAGCAAGUCUGUCAGCAUCCAAAGGACAUCGAGUGCCGCGCGGAGGACUACCCCGAGGUCUCCAUCCAGCAGGUCGGACAGGUCGUGCAGUGCGACGUCCACUUUGGACUGGUGUGCAAGAACGAAGACCAGACUGGCAAGUCUAAGAUGUGCCUCAACUACAGGAUCCGCGUCCUCUGCUGCACCCCGAACUACAACUGCCCAAGCAGCACCUCCUUCCCAACCACCAGCACCAUCAUCCGCACGGCCCCAGCAUCCUCCAGUGUCACGACCUCCACCUCCACAUACCCCUCCUCUAGCACGCAGCCCACCUCUUCAGAAAUCGUAUCGCAGACCUACACCAGCACCACCAGCCCCACACCGACACCUACCAUUUACCACCCCGGCGUGACCUCCUCCACCACCCCGUCCACAACCGCCUGUGAGCCCGAGGUGUGCUCCUGGAGCGAAUGGUUCGACGUCGACUUCCCCUCCUCGGGGCCCAAACAGGGAGACUUUGAAACCUACCAGCGCAUCCGCGCCGCCGGGAAGCAAGUCUGUCAGCAUCCAAAGGACAUCGAGUGCCGCGCGGAGGACUACCCCGAGGUCUCCAUCCAGCAGGUCGGACAGGUCGUGCAGUGCGACGUCCACUUUGGACUGGUGUGCAAGAACGAAGACCAGACUGGCAAGUCUAAGAUGUGCCUCAACUACAGGAUCCGCGUCCUCUGCUGCACCCCGAACUACAACUGCCCAAGCAGCACCUCCUUCCCAACCACCAGCCCCACCAGCACCAUCAUCCGCACGGCCCCAGCAUCCUCCAGUGUCACGACAUCCACCUCCACAUACCCCUCCUCUAGCACGCAGCCCACCUCUUCAGAAAUCGUAUCGCAGACCUACACCAGCACCACCAGCCCCACACCGACACCUACCAUUUACCACCCCAGCGUGACCUCCUCCACCACCCCGUCCACGACCGCCUGUGAGCCCGAGGUGUGCUCCUGGAGCGAAUGGUUCGACGUCGACUUCCCCUCCUCGGGGCCCAAACAGGGAGACUUUGAAACCUACCAGCGCAUCCGCGCCGCCGGGAAGCAAGUCUGUCAGCAUCCAAAGGACAUCGAGUGCCGCGCGGAGGACUACCCCGAGGUCUCCAUCCAGCAGGUCGGACAGGUCGUGCAGUGCGACGUCCACUUUGGACUGGUGUGCAAGAACGAAGACCAGACUGGCAAGUCUAAGAUGUGCCUCAACUACAGGAUCCGCGUCCUCUGCUGCACCCCGAACUACAACUGCCCAAGCAGCACCUCCUUCCCAAUCACCAGCCCCACCAGCACCAUCAUCCGCACGGCCCCAGCAUCCUCCAGUGUCACGACCUCCACCUCCACAUACCCCUCCUCUAGCACGCAGCCCACCUCUUCAGAAAUCGUAUCGCAGACCUACACCAGCACCACCAGCCCCACACCGACACCCACCAUUUACCACCCCAGCGUGACCUCCUCCACCACCCCAUCCACAACUGCCUGUGAGCCCGAGGUGUGCUCCUGGAGCGAAUGGUUCGACGUCGACUUCCCCUCCUCGGGGCCCAAACAGGGAGACUUUGAAACCUACCAGCGCAUCCGCGCCGCCGGGAAGCAAGUCUGUCAGCAUCCAAAGGACAUCGAGUGCCGCGCGGAGGACUACCCCGAGGUCUCCAUCCAGCAGGUUGGACAGGUCGUGCAGUGCGACGUCCACUUUGGACUGGUGUGCAAGAACGAAGACCAGACUGGCAAGUCUAAGAUGUGCCUCAACUACAGGAUCCGCGUCCUCUGCUGCACCCCGAACUACAACUGCCCAAGCAGCACCUCCUUCCCAACCACCAGCCCCACCAGCACCAUCAUCCGCACGGCCCCAGCAUCCUCCAGUGUCACGACCUCCACCUCCACAUACCCCUCCUCUAGCACGCAGCCCACCUCUUCAGAAAUCGUAUCGCAGACCUACACCAGCACCACCAGCCCCACACCGACACCCACCAUUUACCACCCCAGCGUGACCUCCUUCACCACCCCGUCCACGACCGCCUGUGAGCCCGAGGUGUGCUCCUGGAGCGAAUGGUUCGACGUCGACUUCCCCUCCUCGGGGCCCAAACAGGGAGACUUUGAAACCUACCAGCGCAUCCGCGCCGCCGGGAAGCAAGUCUGUCAGCAUCCAAAGGACAUCGAGUGCCGCGCGGAGGACUACCCCGAGGUCUCCAUCCAGCAGGUCGGACAGGUCGUGCAGUGCGACGUCCACUUUGGACUGGUGUGCAAGAACGAAGACCAGACUGGCAAGUCUAAGAUGUGCCUCAACUACAGGAUCCGCGUCCUCUGCUGCACCCCGAACUACAACUGCCCAAGCAGCACCUCCUUCCCAAUCACCAGCCCCACCAGCACCAUCAUCCGCACGGCCCCAGCAUCCUCCAGUGUCACGACCUCCACCUCCACAUACCCCUCCUCUAGCACGCAGCCCACCUCUUCAGAAAUCGUAUCGCAGACCUACACCAGCACCACCAGCCCCACACCGACACCCACCAUUUACCACCCCAGCGUGACCUCCUCCACCACCCCGUCCACAACUGCCUGUGAGCCCGAGGUGUGCUCCUGGAGCGAAUGGUUCGACGUCGACUUCCCCUCCUCGGGGCCCAAACAGGGAGACUUUGAAACCUACCAGCGCAUCCGCGCCGCCGGGAAGCAAGUCUGUCAGCAUCCAAAGGACAUCGAGUGCCGCGCGGAGGACUACCCCGAGGUCUCCAUCCAGCAGGUCGGACAGGUCGUGCAGUGCGACGUCCACUUUGGACUGGUGUGCAAGAACGAAGACCAGACUGGCAAGUCUAAGAUGUGCCUCAACUACAGGAUCCGCGUCCUCUGCUGCACCCCGAACUACAACUGCCCAAGCAGCACCUCCUUCCCAACCACCAGCCCCACCAGCACCAUCAUCCGCACGGCCCCAGCAUCCUCCAGUGUCACGACCUCCACCUCCACAUACCCCUCCUCUAGCACGCAGCCCACCUCUUCAGAAAUCGUAUCGCAGACCUACACCAGCACCACCAGCCCCACACCGACACCUACCAUUUACCACCCCAGCGUGACCUCCUCCACCACCCCGUCCAUAACUGCCUGUGAGCCCGAGGUGUGCUCCUGGAGCGAAUGGUUCGACGUCGACUUCCCCUCCUCGGGGCCCAAACAGGGAGACUUUGAAACCUACCAGCGCAUCCGCGCCGCCGGGAAGCAAGUCUGUCAGCAUCCAAAGGACAUCGAGUGCCGUGCGGAGGACUACCCCGAGGUCUCCAUCCAGCAGGUCGGACAGGUCGUGCAGUGCGACGUCCACUUUGGACUGGUGUGCAAGAACGAAGACCAGACUGGCAAGUCUAAGAUGUGCCUCAACUACAGGAUCCGCGUCCUCUGCUGCACCCCGAACUACAACUGCCCAAGCAGCACCUCCUUCCCAACCACCAGCCCCACCAGCACCAUCAUCCGCACGGCCCCAGCAUCCUCCAGUGUCACGACCUCCACCUCCACAUACCCCUCCUCUAGCACGCAGCCCACCUCUUCAGAAAUCGUAUCGCAGACCUACACCAGCACCACCAGCCCCACACCGACACCUACCAUUUACCACCCCAGCGUGACCUCCUCCACCACCCCGUCCACGACCGCCUGUGAGCCCGAGGUGUGCUCCUGGAGCGAAUGGUUCGACGUCGACUUCCCCUCCUCGGGGCCCAAACAGGGAGACUUUGAAACCUACCAGCGCAUCCGCGCUGCCGGGAAGCAAGUCUGUCAGCAUCCAAAGGACAUCGAGUGCCGCGCGGAGGACUACCCCGAGGUCUCCAUCCAGCAGGUCGGACAGGUCGUGCAGUGCGACGUCCACUUUGGACUGGUGUGCAAGAACGAAGACCAGACUGGCAAGUCUAAGAUGUGCCUCAACUACAGGAUCCGCGUCCUCUGCUGCACCCCGAACUACAACUGCCCAAGCAGCACCUCCUUCCCAACCACCAGCCCCACCAGCACCAUCAUCCGCACGGCCCCAGCAUCCUCCAGUGUCACGACCUCCACCUCCACAUACCCCUCCUCUAGCACGCAGCCCACCUCUUCAGAAAUCGUAUCGCAGACCUACACCAGCACCACCAGCCCCACACCGACACCUACCAUUUACCACCCCAGCGUGACCUCCUUCACCACCCCGUCCACGACCGCCUGUGAGCCCGAGGUGUGCUCCUGGAGCGAAUGGUUCGACGUCGACUUCCCCUCCUCGGGGCCCAAACAGGGAGACUUUGAAACCUACCAGCGCAUCCGCGCCGCCGGGAAGCAAGUCUGUCAGCAUCCAAAGGACAUCGAGUGCCGCGCGGAGGACUACCCCGAGGUCUCCAUCCAGCAGGUCGGACAGGUCGUGCAGUGCGACGUCCACUUUGGACUGGUGUGCAAGAACGAAGACCAGACUGGCAAGUCUAAGAUGUGCCUCAACUACAGGAUCCGUGUCCUCUGCUGCACCCCGAACUACAACUGCCCAAGCAGCACCUCCUUCCCAACCACCAGCCCCACCAGCACCAUCAUCCGCACGGCCCCAGCAUCCUCCAGUGUCACGACCUCCACCUCCACAUACCCCUCCUCUAGCACGCAGCCCACCUCUUCAGAAAUCGUAUCGCAGACCUACACCAGCACCACCAGCCCCACACCGACACCUACCAUUUACCACCCCAGCGUGACCUCCUCCACCACCCCGUCCACGACCGCCUGUGAGCCCGAGGUGUGCUCCUGGAGCGAAUGGUUCGACGUCGACUUCCCCUCCUCGGGGCCCAAACAGGGAGACUUUGAAACCUACCAGCGCAUCCGCGCCGCCGGGAAGCAAGUCUGUCAGCAUCCAAAGGACAUCGAGUGCCGCGCGGAGGACUACCCCGAGGUCUCCAUCCAGCAGGUCGGACAGGUCGUGCAGUGCGACGUCCACUUUGGACUGGUGUGCAAGAACGAAGACCAGACUGGCAAGUCUAAGAUGUGCCUCAACUACAGGAUCCGCGUCCUCUGCUGCACCCCGAACUACAACUGCCCAAGCAGCACCUCCUUCCCAACCACCAGCCCCACCAGCACCAUCAUCCGCACGGCCCCAGCAUCCUCCAGUGUCACGACCUCCACCUCCACAUACCCCUCCUCUAGCACGCAGCCCACCUCUUCAGAAAUCGUAUCGCAGACCUACACCAGCACCACCAGCCCCACACCGACACCUACCAUUUACCACCCCAGCGUGACCUCCUUCACCACCCCGUCCACGACCGCCUGUGAGCCCGAGGUGUGCUCCUGGAGCGAAUGGUUCGACGUCGACUUCCCCUCCUCGGGGCCCAAACAGGGAGACUUUGAAACCUACCAGCGCAUCCGCGCCGCCGGGAAGCAAGUCUGUCAGCAUCCAAAGGACAUCGAGUGCCGCGCGGAGGACUACCCCGAGGUCUCCAUCCAGCAGGUCGGACAGGUCGUGCAGUGCGACGUCCACUUUGGACUGGUGUGCAAGAACGAAGACCAGACUGGCAAGUCUAAGAUGUGCCUCAACUACAGGAUCCGUGUCCUCUGCUGCACCCCGAACUACAACUGCCCAAGCAGCACCUCCUUCCCAACCACCAGCCCCACCAGCACCAUCAUCCGCACGGCCCCAGCAUCCUCCAGUGUCACGACCUCCACCUCCACAUACCCCUCCUCUAGCACGCAGCCCACCUCUUCAGAAAUCGUAUCGCAGACCUACACCAGCACCACCAGCCCCACACCGACACCCACCAUUUACCACCCCAGCGUGACCUCCUUCACCACCCCGUCCACGACCGCCUGUGAGCCCGAGGUGUGCUCCUGGAGCGAAUGGUUCGACGUCGACUUCCCCUCCUCGGGGCCCAAACAGGGAGACUUUGAAACCUACCAGCGCAUCCGCGCCGCCGGGAAGCAAGUCUGUCAGCAUCCAAAGGACAUCGAGUGCCGCGCGGAGGACUACCCCGAGGUCUCCAUCCAGCAGGUCGGACAGGUCGUGCAGUGCGACGUCCACUUUGGACUGGUGUGCAAGAAUGAAGACCAGACUGGCAAGUCUAAGAUGUGCCUCAACUACAGGAUCCGCGUCCUCUGCUGCACCCUGAACUACAACUGCCCAAGCAGCACCUCCUUCCCAACCACUAGCAUGACUACUAGUACUGCCACAUCUGAAUAUUGUUGUACCAGCACUUCUUCUACCCCUAUAUCUACACCAUGUUUCUGCAAAAUUGGCAGUGGUGUUUUUUCACCUGGUGAAGUGAUUUACAACCGCACAGAUAGUGAUGGAUGUAGAUUUUAUGCCAUCUGUAGUCCAACAUGUACUAUUAAACGACAUGUUGUGGAUUGUUACGUUACUACCCCUGUAUCCACUACUUCUUCUGAAUGGUCUACCAUAACAACAACAGUUCCUCUGCCUACAACUUCUGGAAGACUUCCUUUUCCUGGUUGUGUUUCUGCUUCUUACCCUCCCCUUCAGCCUGGACAAAGAUACAAAUUAUCCAACUGUACAGAACUCAUCUGUAAGGGAGACAACAAGGUAGAAGUUAUUCCAACGCACUGUCCACCUGUAAAGGAAAUUACCUGUGCAAACAAAUAUCCAGCAAUACUGGUACCUGAUGAAAAUGGCUGCUGUUAUCAUUAUGAAUGUCAAUGUGUGUGCAGUGGAUGGGGUGAUCCUCAUUAUAUUACUUUUGAUGGAACCUACUAUACUUUCCUUGAAAACUGUACUUACGUCCUGGUGAAACAGAUUGUGCCUAAAUACGACAACUUCCGUGUUUACAUUGACAAUUAUUAUUGCGAUUCAGAAGAUGGACUUUCCUGCCCUAAAUCCAUUAUUAUUUUCUAUAAAUCUGCAGAAGUGCUGCUGACCCGUAAACUCAUGAAUGGUGUGAUGACCAAUGUGAUGUACUUCAACCACAAGAUUGUCAAACCAGGCUUCAAAAAAGAUGGCAUUUCUUUCUCAACACUUGGCAUCAACAUGAUUGUUGAAAUACCAGAGAUUGGUGCAACCAUCACCUUUAGUGGGCUGAUUUUCUCUGUGAAACUCCCAUACAGCAAAUUUGGCAACAACACCGAAGGACAGUGUGGAACAUGUACAAACAAUAAAGCAGAUGAAUGCCGCUUACCAAAUGGUGAGAUCAUUUCUUCCUGUCCCCAAAUGGCUCAUCACUGGAUUGUUGAUAACAACAAGUCAUGCCAUGGAGUACCAAUACCACCAGUUGUAACUACACCUCCACCAAAGCCUCACUGUGAAACACCUCCUCUUUGCAAGCUUAUCUGGAGCAAGAUUUUUGCAGAAUGCCAUGCUGUAAUACCACCAGAACCAUUUUUCAAAGGCUGUGUUUUUGAUGGAUGUCGCAUAGCUGAUGAAUCCAUGCAGUGCUCCAGUUUGGAGAUAUAUGCUACAGAGUGUGCUGCUAGAGGUAUCUGCAUUGACUGGAGAGGAAAGACCAACAAUACAUGCUCAUACAAUUGUCCAUCUAGCUUGGUAUACAAGCCAUGUGGACCCAUUAAUCCUGCUACCUGUGAUCCAAGCCUUGUUGAGCUUCCUGGCUACGGAGUAACUGAAGGAUGUUUCUGUCCUGAGGGAAUGACACUCAUGAGUAAAGACAGCAACAUCUGUGUCUCUGAAUGCUCUUGCAGGGAACCAAAUGGAGUAUCCAGAUGGCCAGGAGAAAAAUGGAUGAAAGAUUGUCAGGAAUGCGUCUGUGACAAAUAUACUCUUAAAGUGCACUGUAAGAAACACAAGUGCUCCCUGACACAGCAAGUAUUUUGUGAUGAACCAGGUUAUAUGCCUGUUCAGACACAGAUACCAGAAGAUCCAUGCUGUACCAGGACUGAGUGCUACUGCAACACUAGCCUCUGCCCUGGGGUCAAACACCAGUGCUUAGAGGGACAGGAAGUAGUCACAAUAAUGCAGCCUGGAAAAUGCUGUCCUACCUUUGAAUGUAGACACGGCUGUGUAGUCAAUGAAACCUACUAUGCACCUGGAGCUGUCGUUCCAUCGGGCUCCUGUGAAGAAUGCACCUGCUCUGAAUCCUCUCACUCAAGCCCCCAUCAGCCUACUGUCAAGUGCAAGCCAGUUAUCUGUGACACAUACUGCCCAGCGGGUUAUAAGUAUACAAAGAAACCUGGAGAGUGCUGUGGCACGUGCAAGGCAGCGGCUUGUAUAGUGACUGUAGGAGACAUUACACGCGUGCUCCAGGUCGGAGAAUUCUGGAACCCACCUGUUGAUAACUGUACAACUUACACAUGUGAAAAAAAUGAUGACCAGUUCAUUCAAGUCAUCUUACAGAAAAGCUGUCCUCCCUUUAACCCUAAUGACUGUGAUCCAGAUGACAUUAAACUAUCUGAUGACGGCUGCUGUAAAGAAUGCCAAGUAAAACUAAAGAGUUGUAUGAAGCACAAUACUACUACGGUAAUCAAAUAUCAUGGAUGUGUAUCUCCUGCACCAGUUGAGAUGGCAUACUGUGAAGGAAGCUGUGAUGCUUACUCACGAUAUUCUCCAGAGGCAAAUAUGAUGGAACACAAAUGCUCAUGUUGUCAAGAAAUCAAGACCAGCCAAAGAAAAGUGACUCUGACAUGCAGUGAUGGAACCUACCUUGAUCACUCAUACACCUAUGUGGAGAAAUGCAGCUGUGUGAGCGCUGAGUGCAUUUCCCAAGCCAGCACCCAACAGGAAAUAAACCAGAUAAAGACCUCUCAGGAACAAGAAAAUGUCUAA